CCUUCAAAGUACAAAGAGCAGAAGCAACUCCUACUUUGGAGUUGAAGAAAGAUGGAAACGCAAAUGGCUUUUGCUACUCUCACUUUAUUGUUGUUAUUUGCGUGCCUAAGCUUCCUACCAUAUGCAGACUCCAAGUCAUUGGAGUUGAACUAUCCCUCUCCUCCACCACUAGAGAAGCCCUAUCUAUACUUCUCUCCUCCUCCACCAGAGAAGCCUUAUAUCUACCCAUCACCUCCUCCUCCAAAGAAAGAAUAUGUAUACCCAUCUCCACCUCCACCACUGAAGAAGGAAUAUGAAUAUCCUUCUCCUCCUCCUCCAAAGAAGGAAUAUGUAUACCCAUCUCCACCUCCACCACCGAAGAAGGAAUAUGAAUAUCCCUCUCCUCCUCCUCCAAAGAAGGAAUAUGUAUACCCAUCUCCACCUCCACCACCGAAGAAGGAAUAUGAAUAUCCCUCUCCUCCUCCUCCAAAGAAGGAAUAUGUAUACCCAUCUCCACCUCCACCACUGAAGAAGGAAUAUGAAUAUCCUUCUCCUCCUCCUCCAAAGAAGGAAUAUGUAUACCCAUCUCCACCUCCACCACCGAAGAAGGAAUAUGAAUAUCCCUCUCCUCCUCCUCCAAAGAAGGAAUAUGUAUACCCAUCUCCACCUCCACCACCGAAGAAGGAAUAUGAAUAUCCCUCUCCUCCUCCUCCAAAGAAGGAAUAUGUAUACCCAUCUCCACCUCCACCACUGAAGAAGGUAUAUGAAUAUCCUUCUCCUCCUCCUCCAAAGAAGGAAUAUGUAUACCCAUCUCCACCUCCACCACCGAAGAAGGAAUAUGAAUAUCCCUCUCCUCCUCCUCCAAAGAAGGAAUAUGUAUACCUAUCUCCACCUCCACCACCUAAGAAGGAAUACGUACACCCAUCUCCACCAAAGAAGGAAUAUGAAUAUCCCUCUCCUCCUCCUCCAAGAAAGGAAUAUGUAUACCCAUCUCCACCUCCACCACUAAAGAAGGAAUAUGUAUACCCAUCUCCUCCUCUGCCGAAGAAGGAAUAUGUUUACCCAUCUCCUCCUCCUCCUCCUCCACCAGAAAAAGAAUAUGUAUACCCAUCUCCUUCUCCACCAGUUUAUGAAUACUCUCCAUAUUACUACCCAAUAUAUGACUCUCCACCACCAUACAUGAAGCCUUAUGUCUACGAGUCUCCUCCCCCAGCCCCAGUUUACAAACCCUAUGUUUAUUCUUCCCCACCCCCUCCUUACCACUACUAGAUAUUGCAUUUCCGCCAUGGGUCGUACUACUUGGAUCUUAUAAUAUAUUCUCAUUAUCAAAUAAAUUGAAAGCGAUCUAUAGAAGCGCUUUACAACAUGGCAGAAAGGAGACUGGAAGCAAAUUUCCUUGCUCGUAUUUACCAAAAGAAAUUAUGUAAAAAUAUUUGUACUAUGUCUAAUAUCAUAUAUAGCAUUUGUGCUUUCACUCUCACUUUCUUCUAUUUUGUUUUAGAUGUGAUUGUUGUGAGACAUUGCCCAGUUCAUGCAUCUAUUUUGUUCAAUGUUAUUAUUGAAUCUAUGUAUUAUAGUUUUCAAUUGCGUUUGCUCGGACUGAAAAACCAAUAUAUAUUGGUAAAAGAA